CCUCGAUUGUAAUGAUAAUUGUCUGUAUUUUUUUUUUUUAACUUGUUAGGUUUUGGCUAAAUCUUGCUUUAAGCUGAGAACAAAAUGAAUGAUGACUAGAUUUGUUUUUAGUAAUUCGUUUGUGUGUUAAGGUGGGUACAAAGUGGCAAUUUCUUUUUUUUAUUAGUAAUUCAUCUUUCAGUGUUGUACAUCUUCUUGUGCAUCUAGUUCUAAAGUUAAGGCAGUUAGGCACUUACAGUUUGUAUGUUGUUACAGGUGGAUUAUGUGCGUGUCAGCAUAGGAGCAACUUGUUGCCCUGUCUGACCUCAGCAGGGAACGAAGCUCAGGGGCCAUGUGUGAAUAGGUCUUUAGAAAACACUGGUGUAGUACCGAGGCUGCUGAGUCAGGGGGCUCACAGUGCGCCGCCCCUGUGUGCCGCCCCUGUCCUCAGCAUCCGCUGGCCCAGUCAGGUGGCCAUCCAGUGCAGAGAGCAUGUCAGUAUCCUAGCACACAGCCAAAAAUUAAGCUGCCAGGCCUGGAGAAAGUUAAUCUUUUUGGGGGGAAAAGAGAAACAAGACAAAACCAACGCAUUUCAGAUGCAGAGUGGCGUAGCGCUUAAUGACGAACCCAGUAAGAAGAACAAGGAUGGCCAGACGCGGGAGCAGGACUACUCUUCUGAAAGCCAUUAUAGAAUUGUUUCACCAACAUUCCAGUAUAAGAUGAGCCACCAGCGAGUGGGCAAGUGCAUCAUCAUCAACAACAAAAACUUUGAUGAAAAGACAGGGAUGAACGUACGCAACGGCACAGACCGAGAUGCAGGUGAGCUUUUCAAAUGCUUCAAGAGCCUGGGCUUCGAUGUCUUCAUCUACAAUGAUCAGACAUGUGAGAAGAUGGAGCGUCUUCUCAGAGAGGCCUCGGAGGAAGACCAUAGUGACAGCUCGUGUUUCGCCUGUAUCCUGCUAAGCCAUGGUGAGGAGGGCAUGAUCUACGGAACAGACGGAGCCAUGCCCAUCAAGUCCAUGACCUCAUUGUUCAGGGGGGACAUGUGCAAAAGCUUAGUCGGAAAACCAAAACUCUUCUUCAUCCAGGCUUGCCGGGGUUCCGAAUUUGAUGAUGGUAUACAGACAGAUUCGGGUCCGCCAAACGAUACCCUGGAGACAGAUGCUAAUCCAAGACAUAAGAUCCCUGUAGAGGCAGAUUUCCUCUUUGCCUACUCCACUGUGCCAGGGUAUUACUCAUGGAGGAACCCUGGACGAGGCUCCUGGUUUGUCCAGGCGCUCUGCAACGUCCUCAACGAGUUUGGCAAACAGCUGGAGAUAAUGCAGAUCCUGACACGGGUCAACUACAUGGUGGCCACCAGCUUUGAGUCCUGGUCUGAAGACCCACGCUUCAGUGAGAAGAAGCAGAUUCCCUGCGUAGUCUCUAUGCUGACCAAAGAACUGUAUUUCAACUGACCGCCAGCCUAACUGACUGUUCUGUAUGACAACACAGACUGACUGACUGACUAACUGACCGACCAACUGACUGUUUCAGGUGCCGACUAAGCGGUCCAAGCAUUCAGGGAUGAUUCAGGCCCAGCAGGACACUGCAAAUUUGGAGCACGUAUGACAUUUUGCAUGUGUAGUUGGGCCCGAAAACAAGCACUCUGUGAGAGAAAAAUAUAUAUAUUUACAGUGGCACUCCACGUUCAUGUGCUGAUGGUGAAACUUCUUCUUCAGGUUAUUCUUCGGAAUAAUCUGAAUCUUUUUUUGACAGGCAUGUGAAAUAUCUAUGUUAUUCCACCAGCCCGGAAAAUUUACUGCCAGUUUUUGUGGGUUUGGGGGAAUCAUAUCUGAAUAUGUCUCUCCAUUUUCCAGCAUUUGCAAUGGAUGUCGAAGGGAACUUUAGAGUGGACAGGAGUCUUCAGGCUAAAUGUGUCUUUUGCAUUUAUUACAUGAAAUGGGUUUUAUAUAACUGAAAUAAUUUAUGAUUUAGUGUUCUGAGAGAAGGAGAUGAUAAAACUGUUUAAUGCAGUCCAAUGCAUUUGUACAGUGUACAAUACUGUCACCAUUGCACAGUAAAAUGAAUUGGAAACCAGGUGACAUUUGAAUGUUUAAAAAGCCUUUAGAAAGUCUAUACAAAUUCCCACUAGGAAAGUGAACAGAGUGAAACAAACAUCUCUUAUUGCCAGAGCUCCCUUAAUUUCAA